AUGCAAUUUAGAUCUGCUUACAAAAAAUUAUUAGUUCAAGCACAAAUAAAAGACAGCGGUCUUGGAAAUUGUAUUUCUCUUUUAGAUAUCCCAAUUCUAAACUGUUCUAGUGUAUCUAAAAAUCCAAUCCAAGCCAUAAAUGAUACAAAUGCUUCCCUUUAUAAUGAUAUUGAAUUAGAUCCAGAGACUUUUACAGUUGAAACACAUGGAACUCAUCUCCAUUUAAGUUCAUUCUCCAAAGAAGUUUCUUUAUACAUAGCUGGUUUUGUUUCUCAUAAGUUAGCUUCACAAAUAAAAUGUGAUGUAUGUACACAAGCUCUUUUUGGGACCAAAGAAAACUUUUUAUUAUCUUUAAUUUCUUUAAAAGAUAAAGGUGGUCUUACAUACCCAAAUUCAGAUAAUUUUGCUAACAUUGGUACAACAGAUUUAUUGACGAUCUCUCCACCUGGCCGUUUGCUCUAG